GCUCAACAACCGCUACUUCUUGAUGAGGUCGGGCCAGGGGGGCUCGGACAAGGAAGGCGUUGUCCAGUCCCACCCAAUCGACAAGCUCCACGUCGACAACCGCCUCACCGACCAGGGGGUGGAGGAGACGCAGCGGGCCGCGGGCGUGCUGCGGGCGCUGGGCGUGGCCGACGCCUUCAUCUGGGCCGACAUCUCCAGGGUGGACAUGGACACGGCUAGAAUCUUGGCCCAAGAGCUCGGCAUCCGCCAGGAGAGAGUUAUCCCCGAGUACGCGUUCCUCGAGCCCCGAGGGAUGGGAAUCUUUGACGGCAAGGAGGUGGCGACCGUUCUUCCCGAGGCUGAAGGCAAGGUUUACGAGAAGGAUGCGGUCAGCCUUACUUGGCGCCCUCCUCCCAACACCGACGGGACUCCGAACGAGAGCGUGGACGAUGUUUUUGUGCGCGUUCGACAGCUGCUAAGCAAGCUCGAGACGCAGUACCAAGGGGAAGACGUGAUCAUCGUAGCCCCCGACUCCGACUGCCUGUCCGUACUGCAGUCCUUCGUGCUAGGAGAAGACAUGGGCAAGCACAGCAAGUACUACCUCCGGCCUGGGGAGGGCCGCCAACUCCGCGUCUCCUUGGACACGGAGGUGGGGUACAAUGUCAGGAGGGAGGCCAAGGCGGGUAGCACCACCUCGGCGAGCAUUGGCGGUGGAGGCGUUGUCGGGGAGGGGGCGUGAUGGUGGACGAGGAGACUUGGGGGGGGGUGGGCGUUUGUAUUUGUGGUUGGCAUUGGCGUCGCCCCCCUACGGCUGUGCACAAGAGAGGCAGAGAAAGAGAGAGCAAGAGAGAGAGAGAGAGAGAGAGAGAGAGAGAGAGAGUAUGGAAGGCAUGAUUGUUGGGCACUGCAGGUCGACUCGGUGGCGACUCACUCGAGCGGAGAAACUACGUACGUACCUCAUCCGUUCAUGUGCAGCCGCUCACCAUUGUCAAGACAGCCUUCGUCUGUAGUACGGAGGACAGCUAGCAAGAGGGUUGUAUGGGAAGAUGUGUGCAUACCACGGAGUUGGAGAGUUUUUAUGGUGAUGUUUGGGUAAUAGAACUCCUACUGAAAGCAAUCUGCGAUUGUCUCGAACCACAGCACGUUGUAAAUAUUUUGCACGGGGGAGGUUGGUCGGGUACGGCUUCGUCGAUGAUGAUGCGAUGGGGUGGGUGGGUGGGGGUGUUGCCAUGGGUGUAGAGAUUUGGGCCCCGGUGCGCCGUGUUUGAAUGUUUUUGGCACAACGUUUGUUGGUCGCUGUGAAUCGUUGUGGACGGUGAUGAGGGUCAAGAGUUGCUUGCGUGCGAUGAGUAGAGAGGGAGGGAGCCGGUUGGUUGAGGGUUCUUGGCUGCCUACCCGAAGGAAGUUGCAAUGAAGGCAAGAGGCGAUGAUGAGUAGGUUGUUCGUAUCGUUGAUUGUUGAUUUUUCUCACCCGGAGAGAUCUUUUGGUGGGUGAUGGCAUACUAUUGCAUGGAGUAGAGUCAGUAGUGGUGGCCGUGCUCUUCACACUGUUCUCGUGCAGCACAGACCAUUAUCCGUAAUAUAUACGUGAUGAUGAGUUCGACCGUCUUCCCGUUCGGAAAGCCUUUCUUCUCUGUCUACAGGAGAAGACCCCAAGAUUGCGACCGCUAGACACCCUAGUCUUAUGCCUUGGAAUUGUGAUAUGCCAGUUGGUGCGCGUUGUAUGGCUAUCUAUUCUUUUGUACCAUCCUGAUGAGAAUGUGUGUGAUUUUAGGGGUGCGACAUGAGAAUGUAUCCCUGGCGAGCGUGUGCGGUUGGCUGUGCUCUACUGCACUAGUGUCUGUUGUGUGCCGCGCAUACAUUUUGGAGAGUGAAAGCGGGGAGAAGGGAGGACGGGGGCGCUCUACACCAGUAUAUUUAUUGAUUGCUUCUUGGGAUUCUAACAAUAAUGCAGGAUGCAGGACUGUUUUUUUUUU